AAGUAUUGCGUGACAUGGACAAGCGCGGCAGCAAAGUAAUUUAUGUGCAUGCAUGCACACUCUUGUUUUAGUGGCUGAUCAGAUCCUGCAAUUAAACCAGGUGAAUCAUGUCUGUUAAUCUUGUGAAACACACUGGAGGAUGCCACUGUGGAAAAGUUCGGUUCGAGGUGUUAGCUAAACCUGAGCUCAGAGCCUACGAUUGCAAGUGAGUGUGAGUAGUCGUGCAUUCUGUUUUUCUGACAUUUCUCGAAAUCGACACUCAAUUGAGCAGUACAUCAAACAGCCAGUUCUUAAAAGGUUUUUGUCUAAGAAGUUCUAUUCCAUUUCCUUUUUUUCGACAGCUGUUCUAUCUGUGUCAAAAAGGGAAUGAAGCCUUUCCUGAUUCCAAAGGAAAAUUUCAACCUUCUACAGGUACGAAACAAAUUGGUAACUAACCCCGCCCGGCCAAUAACACACCCACGACUAAUUUGACAGAUUAUUCUCGCGAUCUGCUUUUUUCAGAAAACCAAGCCCAGUCUCCAACUAGGCCACGAAUCAUUAAAAAUAUAUUCUCUGUUAAUUUCCAGAAUUAUCCACAAUUUCAACAAUUUCAUCGUGUGAAUCAAAUACACAUACCGUAUUUAUUCGAAUAAGCGCCCAACCUCGAAUUAGCACCCACCUCUAAUAACCGCCCAUCCUAAAGGCAGAAAAAGUUAAUAAGCGCCCAGCCUCGAAUAAGCGCCCACCCCACCACACCUUCCUUCCACUCCCACUCAAACUCAAAUUAGCGACCACCCCUAAAACUGAAUAAUUACUAAUAAGAGACUUUCCCGAAGACGGAGUUUUCUUCAAAGUAUUUUACAGGAACCUUGCUUUGUUACGUCUUCGCGUUUUGUUAUUACCAUUUAUUGUUUUGUUGCAAAAUACACAUACUACACUUGCUGAAAAUGUUGAAAAUUUAAUAAGCGCCCAGCCUCGAAUAAGCGCCCACCUCGAAUAAGCGCCCACUCUCAAGGUCCAAAAAUUUAAUAAGCGCCCAGGGCGGUUAAUCGAAUAAAUACGGUAGUUCAGAGCGCGUCUUCCACAUGUUAUACCUUUAACGAGUGGAAUGGAGGGGUGGGGGUACAAGCUUUAAUUUUGGAUGCUCAAAUUAUUCUAGCUUUGCAUAACUUCAUGUUUGAUCUGUAUUAACCUAAUUAGUAAUACUAAUUAGUAAUUUAUGAAAGAUUGGAUUUAGAAUUAAUAUAAAAAUAAAGGUACUACCCUUUAACAUCUCUCAAAAUUUUUUAAUUAGGGAGGGAAGAAGACAGAUUUGUUAACUGAUCGAAGAAAAGCUUCUCUUUUACUUUCUUUUUUUUAGGGUGAGGACAAUCUCUCUUGUUACACAUACAACACUCACCAAGCUAAACACUUUUUUUGCAAAACGUGUGGGAUCCAUUCUUUCUACACUCCUCGCACCUCCCCAGAUGCAUGUGGCAUUUCACCAUAUUGUUUAGAUGAAGGAACUGUGACCAAAAUGGAUAUUAUCCCUUGUGAUGCCAAAAACUGGGAAAAGUGGCAGCAGUAUCUGAAGGAGAAUCCUAAAGCUGCUGACUGCACAGAAAACACCUCUUAGACUGAUAUUGCUGUAGGGACACUAUACCACAGACAUAAUCUAACCCCAGUUAGUAAUGACUUGUCUGCGAAGCAGCACCCAUAUACUUGUUCUAAGUCCAUAAUACCAUACAGCCAACGAUUACCGUAAAUGCAUUUCAAAUUUCCUUUCAACCUGACUGGCAAGUUGACAAUGUCUUUGUUACAGUGAGACCAGGAAACUGUGAACACUUGAAAUAUCUUGAGAAUGUUUAUUGUGUUAUGACUAUCACAGCAAAGAUCAAGACACGUGAACUGGGCACAAAACCACAAACUAAUUAACGUUCUUGCUUGUGGUUUAUUUUUCUCACACCUCAUUGGCUUCUCUCUUGCAAGAUAAUAACACUCCAAAAGUAUUUCUGGGGUUCAUGGUUUUCCUAGUUUGACUGUAACAGGCCAUCCAUGUUGUGUUCUCAAAUCCUGGUACACAGGUGGGGGAUCAGAGCAAGGAUUUUGGUGCUGUUUUGCGGACAGACUUAUCAGAUGCUUAGUCCUGUCUGUGACACAGGCUAAUAGUGCUGAUAUCGCUGGAGGCAAAAUGAGCCACUUUAGCUUAUUAACUUGCAAUAUUUACCACAAAUAGUGUCAUUGACCUUUUAGUUGUACAAUGUAACCUGGUUAAUACAGAAACCAAGAGGACAUGUCAUGGUGUUUGUAUUAAGUGGCCUCUCGGGAAAAAAUGUCAUGGACACAUGUAGACUUUAUUUUUGUAAGCAGAUGUUUUUACGUAAUUAAGAGUGGAUCAAUUUAGGUUUCUGGGAAACUGCCCAUCUUCCCCUCGACUAACCCAACAUUUUGCCCUUAGCGAGAAGUAAGUGUUAAUAGUGUUUUUUUUUUAUAAAGCACGACCCAAAGGUACAUGGAGGACUUGCCCCAACUCUCAGUCAGUCGAAAGUCCAAAUCGACUGACCAGCAAAAUACGCCUGCUUUGCAGGCUAAUGUUGACUUAGGGGAGGGGUAGGUGGGCAGUUUCCCAGAAACCUAAAUUGAUCCAAAAGAGUAACUGAAAAAGGCUCAUGCUAAAGAAACCUUGCGAU